CGGGAACAUGGUGCCGCUCUCCGCGCUGCUGUUUCCGGUCGGGGUUUGGUGCGCGAUAUCCAUCGGGGACUCGGCCCUCAAGUCAUCUCCCAGUCUCAAGGUUCGCUACGAGGAAUGGCUGGCAAGCCAUGGGAUCAGCAUUGCCCCCUUCCAUGCCCGGUGGCAAACCACCGCCUUCAAUCGCCUCUUUAUGAAGUUGGGACGUUGGAAGCCUCAGCUCCUGUAUUUCUGGUUCAGUGUGGGAAUGGCCUUUGGCGUGAUCUCCAUGUUCAUCUCAAUCUUGCUGCUAGCCAAAACACUCUCUCAGACCUUGGCACUGAUGACAGCAGAAAGCCCUACACCUGAGAAUGAGCGUAUUCUACAAGUCGUGGUGCCCGGUGUGAACCUGCCGAUCAGUCAGGUGGUCUAUUUCUUUGCUGCCAUUUUGAUCAGUGGUGUCAUUCAUGAGAUAGGUCAUGGUGUGGCUGCAGUCAGGGAGCAAGUGAGAUUUAACGGGUUUGGAGUGUUCGUUUUUGUGGUCUAUCCCGGGGCCUUUGUUGACCUGUACACGAACCAUUUGCAGCUGAUAUCCCCGAUCCAACAACUCCGAGUGUUCUGUGCAGGUGUGUGGCACAACUUCAUCCUGGCACUGAUGGCUUUGCUGAUCCUGUACUCAUUGCCAAUCUUCCUGUUCCCACUGUACUACACAGGGGUUGGGGCACUGGUCACCAACGUCGCAGAGAAUUCCCCAGCCAGUGGACCCCGAGGACUGUCGAUGGGAGACCUUGUAAAAUAUGUGGAAAACUGUUCCGUUUCCAGUGUGGAGGAUUGGCACCAGUGCAUUGAAGACAUCUCUGUGAAACCGCAGACUGGAUACUGCAUCAGUGAGGAAACCAUGCAGCAGCUGAGCUCUAUGGGCCGAGCGUACAGGAGGCUCGAUGGGACCACAGAGUGUUGUAGCAAUAACAGCCUGGUGGACAUCUGCUUCUCUUACCGUGGGAACCUGCAAAUCCCUCAGUAUGCUUGCCUUGCCGCCAGAAAGGCCAUUGAAUCGAGUCGGGUGUGUCAGACAAACACGGACUGUCUGAAGGAGUUGGCGCCCAGCCUCUGUGUGAAGCCCUCUCUCGAAAAUCAAACCAGGCUGAUCAGAGUCAAACACUUGUCUCCCAUGGCCAUGCUGUUUGUAGGACACCCUGUUCAUCUUCAAUACGCAGUCAGUCUCACCAACUACAUGCCGCGGUUUGGAUUUCUACACCUGGACAUCCCUGUGGUCAUUGAAAUGUUUUGCAAAUACCUGCUUUCCCUGUCUGGAGCCCUGGCUGUCAUCAACGCUGUGCCUUGUUUUGCCCUGGAUGGACAGUGGAUGCUGAGUUCUUUUCUGGAAGCCACGCUAAGUUCACUGGUUGUGGAAAAGCAGAACCGAGAGCUCAUUGCCUUUUUUAUCCUGCUGUUUGGCAGUGCUCUCCUGGCUUCUAACGUGGUCCUGGGCCUCUGGAUGGUCACCACAAGGUAGCGCGUCUGGCCUGUCCUGGGAUCAGCUCACACUGAGUGAGGGGUACUUCUCAUCGUUGCCUUGUUGGCACCCCUCCCUGUCAUCUGAGUGAACCCUGGCGAUAUCGCCCAGCACUGUCCAAGCUUUUAACAAAACCCUGGGCUGUGCCCACAAGACUUUGCACUCCCUGUUCCUCCAGGUGAGGUUCCUCACUAGGACAGCACAGUUGGAAAACCUGCUGUGUAUCACUGUCAUGCAGUGCUGUGCAUUGUGUAACAUUGUGGUAUUUAAUUCCAAGCAGUGAUGGGAUUGAAGUUUGAUGGCUCUCUGCUUUUUUAGACGGAUUGGCAAAUGUGAAAUCUCCUGUUGAAUGGCGGUGAGCACCACGAUGGUCUCCUGCCCGAAACGUUGAUUCCCCUGCUCCUCGGAUGCUGCCCGACCCACUGUGCUUUUCUAGCACCACGCACUCUCGAAUCUGAUCUCCAGCGUCUGCAGUCCUCAGUGUCUCCUAAUGAGCACCAGUUUGGUGCCCAGGGCCAUAAAAAGUCCUUGAUUUUGACUGUGCUGCAGCCAGAGAGGCAGAAUGUCAGUCUGACAAAGGGUUUAAAAGUAGAAUUGAAGGCAACAAGGUGUUAAAAACAACCAGUAAAUGUUGGAAUUACAACAGUCCAUGUAUCCAUGAGGGCAUAGGUUGGGAUCCUUGGAUUAUAUCCUGUACUUAGUCAGAAUUACUGACCACUUUCCUCUCCACAGACACUGUGUUUCCAAGCUGUUUGGAUUCUAUCUCCUCCAAUCAUUGUGAACAUGUUUUGCGUUAGAACAUUACGAAUGCAAUCGUAUGCCAUGAUGUGGUUUUGGCCAAUCUAUUAAUUAUUUAAUAUGUGUUGUUCGACUCUGAAGUAAAUGUGGUGCCCGGCUGCUGACGCUCAACAGACGCCAACAGAAAGUAUCUGUUUUGCCCCACAUUCAAUGAGUUGCACUUCUGGAAAGUGUAGUUAAACAUAAUGGCUGUCACAUUUCUGGACGUAUUUUACCUUCAGGGGUAUCAGUGCGGUCCUUCAUCGAUCACAAUUUAACCCCAAUUAAGUCUCUGUCAAAAAAGGGCAGUAUUAACCAAGCAUCAUACAUUGGAACAAAAACAAAUUGCUGGAGAAUCUCAGCAGGUUUGGCAGCAGGAGUGGAGAGAAAGCAGAGUUAGCGUUGUCCACAUCUGCUGCCAAAAUGGGUGAGAUUCUGCAGCCAUUUCUGUUUGCGUUUCAGGUUUCUGCCAUCUGUGUAAACACUGUGUUAAAUGUUUUUAAUUGAAUUGUUUUGAAACUGGUGGGAGAGGAAUGGAAAGCUUUGGUCCAAUCCAAAUGUUCAUGCUAGGGUUAGUGACUGGAGACAGAUAAUGGCUAGGCAUGUGUCUCUCUGUCUGAAGGCUGAUCUGUUUUUGAUCUGUGUGGCUUGUGAGCCAUUUUUAUUCCCAUUCACCCUUCCUGUUCCAACCUUCUACAGGUUUAUAAAACUGAGAGGAGCACAGAUAGGGUGAAUGACAGGUGUCUUUUCCUUGGGGUGGGGGGGGAUUUCAAAACUAGGAAGCAUACUUUUAAGGUGAGAGGAGGAAGGUUUUUAAAAGACACAAGGGGCAAUUGUUUUACACAGAGUGGUUCGUGUGUGAACUGAAUUUCAAAUGGUGGAUGUGGGUACAGUCACAACAUUUAAAAGACAUUUGGAUAAGUACAUUAGUAGGAAAUGUUUGGAGGGAUAUGGGCCAAGUGCAGGCAGAUGGGCCUAGUUUAGUUUGGGAUUAUGGUCAGCAUGGGCAGGGUAGAUGCAGUAUGACUGUUUCAAUGCUUUUAGAGAGUCAGACAUUUAUACAGCACCAGAGAGUCAUAGAGAUGUACAGCAUUGAAAUAGACCCUUCGGUCCAACCCGUCCAUGCCGACCAGAUAUCCCAACCCAAUCUAGUUCCACCUGCCAGCACCCGGCCCAUAUCCCUCCAAACCCUUCCUAUUCACAUACCCAUCCAAAUGCCUCUUAAAUGUUGUAAUUGUACCUAACCACUUCCUCUGGCAGCUUAUUCCAUGCACAUACCACCCUCUGCGUGAAAAAGCUGCCCCUUAGGUCUCUUUCAUAUCUUUCCCCUCUCACCCUAAACCUGUGCCCUCCAGUUCUGGACUCGCCGACCCCAGGGAAAAGACUUUUGCCUAUUUAUCCUAUCCAUGCCCCUCAUAAUUGUGUAAAUCUCUACAAGGUCACUCCUCAGCCUCCGACGCUCCAGGGUAAACAGCCCGCACCUGUUCAGCCUCUCCCUGUAGUUCAGAUCCUCCAACCCUGGCGACAUCCUUGUAAAUCUUUUCUGAACCCUUUCAAGUUUCACAUCUUUCCGAUAGGAAGGAGACCAGAAUUGCACGCAAUAUUCCAACAGUGGCCUAACCAAUGUCCUGUACAGCUGUAACAUGACCUCCCAACUCCUAUACUCAAUACUCUGACCAAUAAAGGAAAGCAUACCCAAUGCCGCCUUCACUAUCUUAUCUACCUGCAACUCCACUUUCAAGGAGCUAUGAACCUGCACUCCAAGGUCUCUUUGUUCAGCAACACUCCCUAGGACCUUACCAUUAAGUGUAUAAGUCCUGCUAAGAUUUGCUUUCCCAAAAUUCAGCACCUCGCAUUUAUCUGAAUUAAACUCCAUCUGUCACUUCUCAGCCCAUUGGCCCAUCUGGUCCAGAUCCUGUUGUCAUCUGAGGUAACCCUCUUCGCUGUCCACUACACCUCCAAUUUUGGUGUCAUCUGCAAACUUACUAACUGUACCUCUUAUGCUCGCAUCCAAAUCAUUUAUGUAAAUGACAAAAAGUAGAGGUCAUUGGAGAGUGGCCGUUUUAAUGGGUUUCAGGUUCUUGUACUUACUUAUUGUGAAUUUUUUAAAAGGUAUGUUCAACAUUUUCUCCAUCAUCAUAGUUUUAAACAGAUGAAUUAAAAAGGGAAAUAAUAUUGGAUUAAAAAAACCAAUGUGGGACUUGAGGCUGUAACCCAGGGUUUUGUCAGCAUUCUGGCUAUAUCGUCUUUUAUUUUCACGAAAACACCUAAUGCAAAACAAAAUUGCCAUUUCAAUAAUUUCUUGCAAUUUUUAAAGAAUUUGUGGGCGAUGCUGGAGAAGUUAGUACCUAAUUGUCGUUGGACUGAAAGGCUCAUUCUGCUAUUCGAGUCAACCACGUUGCUGUGGGUCUAGAAUCACAUCGAGGCCAGACCAGAUAAAGACAGCGAUUUCCUUCCCAAAAGGACAUUAACGAGGUUUACAGAGUGAGAGCGCUAAGAGGAGCCAGGAGGGGACAUGAGAAGUCGUCAGCAAGUAGGAUCAAGGAAAACCCGAAGGCUUUCUAUAGGUAUAUCAGGAAUAAAAGAAUGACUGGAGAAAGGAUAGGGCCAGUCAAGGAUAGUGGCAGGAAAAAGACAAUCCUGUUGGGGAGAAUACUGAAAUACAAGCACUUCGAGUCGAUGGGAUUGAUGUUCACAAGAAGGAGGAGGUGUUAGCAAUUCUGGAAAGUGUGAAAAUACCUAAGUCCCCCAAGCUGGAUGGGAUUUAUUUUAGGAUUCUCUGGGAAGUUGGGAGGAGAUUAUGGAGACCUUGGCUUUGAUCUUUAUUCAUCAUUGUCAAUGGGAAUAGUGCCAGAAGACCGGAGAAUAGCAAAUGUGGUUCCCCUUGUUCAAGAAAGGGAGUAGAGACAACCCUGGUAAUUAUAGACCAGUGAGCCUUACUUUGGUUGUGGGUAAAGUGUUGGAAAAGGUUUUAAGAGAUUGGAUUUAUAAUCAUCUAGAGAGGAAUAAGUUGAUUAGGGAUAGUCAACACGGUCCUGUGAAGGGCAGAUGGUGCCUCACAAACCUUAUUGGGUUCUUUGAGAAGGUGACCAAACAGGUGGAUGAGGGUAAAGUGGUUGAUGUGGUGUAUAUGGAUUUCAGUAAGGUGUUUGAUAAGGUUCCCCAUGGUAGGCUAUUGCACAAAAUACAGAGGCAUGGGAUUGAGGGUGAUCAGAAAUUGGCUCGCUGAAAAAAGACAGAGGGUGGUGGUGGUUGAUGGGAAAUGUUCAUCCUGGAGCUCAGUAAUUUAUGGUACCACAAGGAUCUGUUUUGGGGCCACUGCUAUUGGUCAUUUUUAUAAAUGACCUGGAUGAGGGUGUAGAAGGAUGGGUUAAUAAAUUUGCCGAUGACACUAAGGUUGGUGGACUUGUGGAUAGUGCAGGCAGAUGUUGCAGGUUAACAGUUGAAAAUGUGUUGCUGGUUAAAGCACAGCAGGUCAGGCAGCAUCCAAGGAAUAGGAAAUUCGACGUUUCGGGCAUAAGCCCUUCAGGUUACAGAGGGACAUAGGUAAACUGCAGAGCUGGGCUGAGAGUUGGCAAAUGGAGUUUAAUGUGGAAAAGUGUGAGGUGAUUCACUUUGGAAGGAGCAACAGGAAUAAAGAAUAAUGGGCUAAUGGGAAGACACUUGGUAAUGUAGAUGAGCAAAGAUAUCUCGGUGUCCAUGUAUAUAGAUCCUUGGAAGUUGCCACCCAGGUUAAUAGGGUUGUUAAGAAGGCAUACGGUGUGUUAACUUUUUUAUUGGUAGAGGGAUUGAGUUUCAGAACCAUGAGGUCAUGCUGCAGCUUUACAAAAUGCUGGUCUGCCAACACUUGGGGUAUUGUGUACAGUUCUGGUCACCACAUUAUAGGAUGGAUGUGGAAGCUUUGGAAAGGGUUCAGAAGAGAUUUAUUAGGUUGUUGUCUGGUGUGGAGGGAAGGUCUUAUGAGGAAAGGCUGAGGGAUUUGAGACUGUUUUCGUUAGAGAGAAGAAGGUUGAGAGGGGACUUAAUUGAGCCAUACAAGCUAAGGAGGUUAGGGUGGACAGGGAGAACCUUUUUUCCUCGGAUGGUGAUGGCUCGCACGAGGGGACAUAGCUUUAAAUUGAGGGGUGAUAGAUACAGGACAGGGAUAGUUUAUUUACUCAGAGAGUAGUAGAGGCGUGGAAGGGCCUGCCUGCAACAGUAAUAGACUCUCCAACUUUACGGGCAUUUAAAUGGUCAUUGGAUAGUCAUAUGGAUCAAAAUGGGGUGGCAUGGUGGCUCAGUGAUUAGCACUGCUGCCUUACAGCACCAGGGUCUCAGGUUCGAUUCCAGCCUCAGGGGACUGACUGUGUGGAGUUUGCACAUUCUCCCCGUGUCUGCGUGGGUUUCCUCUGGGUGCUCCGGUUUCCUCCCACAGUCCAAAGAUGUGCAGGUUAGGUGAAUUGGCCAUGCUAAAUUGCCCGUAGUGUUAGGUGCAUUAGUCAGAGGGAAAUGGGACUGGGUGGGUUACUCUUCAGAGGGUCGGUGUGAACUGGUUGGGCUGAAGGGCCUGUUUCCACACUGUAGGGAAUCUUUUAAAAAAAUGUGAAACAGUGUAGGAUAGGAGGGCUUCAGAUUGUUGCGCUGCCCUGUGAAAGCAUCGAGGGCCGAAUGGCCUGUACUGCGCUGUAAUGUUCUAUGUUCUCACAAACCAAAGUGGUUUCAUGGUCGCCAUGAGACUACUGUUUAAUUCCACAUUUUAUCAAAUUCAUACUUCAUUAUCUGCCCCAGUGGGAUUUGAACACCUGUUCCCAGAGCAUUAAUCUGGGACUGUGAAUUACCAGUCCACUGACAGUACCACUACAUCACUGUCUCCCCUAUUUACAGAGAAAUCGAAUCCAUCUUCUUAUGACAACAUGUACAAUUUAUGAGAUUCUGUAUUAAUUAUACCUACUUUUUUCCUGGAAAUUCCAUCACCUCCAAUCUGUUUGAUUCACUUUUGAUAUAAUGAAUGUAUGGUUUAAUGUAAU